AUGUACUUUAAUUUUGAUCUAGUUGAAGUAGACAUUAAAAGUUCAAUUCCACAUAAUUACACAGGCACUGGAGUUGGCUUUAUGUCCCUAGUGGUUGUGAUCACUUGGCUCUAUUUCAGCAUCAAGAAAAGAAAAUUGAUUAAAAUCAGGGAGAAAUUCUUCCAACAAAAUGGUGGUUUAUUAUUGAAACAUAGAAUCUCCACUAACGAGGGUGGUGUGAAUGCAACAAAAAUUUUUACAGCUGAGGAGCUCAAGAAAGCUACAAACAAUUAUGCCAAUGAAAGAAUUCUUGGCCGUGGUGGCAAUGGGAUUGUAUAUAGAGGUGUGCUACAUGAUAAUCGCAUAGUUGCCAUUAAAAGAUCCAGAUUUGUGGACGAGAGUCAAAUUGAUCAGUUUAUCAAUGAGGUGCUUAUUCUUACUCAAGUCAUGAACCAUCGAAAUGUGGUGAGACUCUUUGGGUGUUGUUUGGAAGUAGAAGUUCCUUUGUUGGUUUAUGAGUAUGUCUCAGAAGGAACUCUUUAUGCGCAUAUUCACAACCAACGUGGAGGGGCGCCUUGGUUAUCAUGGCAAAAUCGUCUGAGAAUUGCGACAGAGAUAGCCAGUGCACUUGCUUACCUUCAUUCAUUCGCGUCCAUGCCUAUAUUUCAUAGGGACGUCAAGUCUGCCAACAUAUUGUUAGAUAAUGAUUACACAGCUAAAGUUGCAGAUUUUGGAGCUUCAAGGUUAAUACCUCUAGAUCAAACACAUGUGGCUACAUUAGUUCAAGGGACGUUAGGGUACUUGGAUCCUGAAUAUUUCAGUACAAGUCGAUUGACUGAGAAAAGUGAUGUUUAUAGCUUCGGGGUAGUUCUAGCUGAACUUUUGACAGGGUUGAAACCUAUUAUUAGAGCUAGAAACGACGAGGACAUGAAUUUGGGCGAUUAUUUUUUGAUGUCCAUGAAUAGGAAUAUCUUGUUUCAGAUUCUUGAUCGUCAUGUUUUGAGGGAAGGGAGUCUUGAGCAACUUCAAAAGAUGGCUGAGCUUGUGAAGAAUUGUCUUCAAUUGCUAGGAGAAGAUAGGCCUACAAUGAAAGAAGCGGCCGGUGAACUUGAAGGCUUGCAGAAGUUAAUUAGGAACCCUUGGUCUAAUCAACAUGGAAAUGAAGAGAAUGAGGAUGAAUCUUCAGAUCUUUAUACCAUUCCAAUUAACUCUAGUUAAUGCGGAAUUCUAUCUGGAAAA